AUUACAGGUGGUACAAUAACUAAAGUAACAUUACCUGUGGCUUGAAUUUGUACAGCGAUGGUGGAUUUACCGUCUCAAGUUGGAGAUAUGUGGCUCUGGUUCUCCAAAGACAACAUCCUAACUUUAGCCGUCAGUUCAACUGCAUUGCUGGCUUCUAUAGUCCAGUUUCUAUACACGCAAGCCAAGAACAGGAAGGACUCGUGUGUUAUACUACGAAGAGAGGAAAAAGAACUGAACGGUUCGAUACGAAUGAUCCACGUCUUUAUGUUUCUCAUCCUCAUAAUAUCCGUCAUAACAACUGCUGCAGCUCAACUUGCUUGUUACAUUAUUGAGGAAUCGUUUCUUCCAUUGAUCGGUUUGGUCUUACAGUGCAUUGCAAUGAUCGAGACACAGUGCGUACUAGCGGAAAGUUUUCUAAAUCUAAACACCCGCAAGAAGGCGUGCACGAGCAAGACAUUUAUCCGCGGAAAGACGAUUUUGUUCACUAUUGGCAUACCCGCAGUGAUAACGAUGCCGUUAAACUUUGCAUUGAACUUCUACCUUCACACCCAAGUCCCUGCAACUCAUAUUCCAAAUCUACUGACAAAUAACUUGACCGAUGCUUCAUCCAGUUUCACACUUUCGUUCAUCAGUGGUAACUUCGAUAACGAAGGUUUAAACCCAGAAGGAAUUGUGGGAGAAGAUAACGUAGCGAAUACUGAAGUAAUAAAACACACGGUGCACGAUGAUAACAGCGAUAUAUUCCCAUCUAUAUUUGCACAAAAGGAACAAUCCUUCUGUUGGAUGACGUGGCCAUCUACAUCAUUAACUGUGACGUUUGCAGUCGCCGCAUGGGGGUGCACGAGCACAAUGAUAAUAGCUGUGAUUGAAUUGCUGGUUUUAAGAGCAGCGGAACGUAAAGGGCAAUUGGUGUCGCUGGAGGAAUGGUUUGCUUUGAUCUCACGCCCUAUUUUCUCUGUCCUCAUAUGUUUGAAGUGGUUGGCAAUAACCUCCCAAUGGUACAGCCACUCGUGCGUAUACAGUGUAUACGUUUCCUGGCUUUUAACCCCUGCUCUACUUCAUACAAUAACCGGCCCGAAAAGAUCCCGGAUUUACGGACAUAUCAUUGGGAAGCCUCGAACUCGUAAGAACAAAACGACUCGUCCUAGACAAGACAUUAGUGACAAUUACACGAGAAACGGGAUAGGAUAUACAAGUCUGAACUCCCCCGAUCAAGGAAACAUGAUUCAGGUCCACGAACCGUCUCGCAGUCACGUGCAAGGUGACGUCAUUAUCAAUCAACGCUUGAGUGAUUUUGUAAGGGAACGUUUUGACGCAACUUCGAGUGAGAAGAAUCGGCUUUCAAACAUGUUUGGUGAAGGUUCAAAGAGUUUCCAAAACGAUGAAGUUAAAGGAAUGCAACUCACUAAAAUCAACGAAAUAAAAACCGACUUCACUGAGGACGAUCAAGGUAUGGGCCAUUCCCCUAAGCCUGUCAAGUAUGAUGAAGAAACUGAGUAUGGUAUAAUUCAACCCAACCACGCCGACGAACCCGACUUAGAUUUGAGCAAGUGCGACAUUACAACAGAGAAUCGAACUUCUGUGUUCGAUGACAGUGACUAUGACGAAGUUCUCGAUUUCAUGACGUCACCGAAAGAUGGCGAUACAGAGGCAGCCGUAGGCGGAUCCAAAGAGAUCAACCUUCAGAACGAAUCUUCCUCCAAGAGAUCAUCCGCAUCAUCUACGUCAGACUCCGUGACGUCAGCAACCUCCGGAAACUCAACCUCCGGGAUCGAGAGCGGGGAGGAGAAGGCGACAAACCCGAAAUAUGCAAACCUUGAUAUCGCGAAAAUUCUCCACACCCGUAAACGGAUCCACAGGACCUUAUACACACCGCCAGAAGUCAAGGAUUUACCAAAAGAAGAAACACAGACCAACGCCACUGUUGGCAAAAAGAAGGGCAAUGGCGUAUUAAAACGCCACACACAUUAUGGGACAGUCGGUCGUCGUAGUAAAGCUCAGUCAUCCAGCCAGACACGUCACUCUAGCUGCUCUCGACCGUCAUCUACCGGCGAGAACGACUACCUCGACCUGGGCGGUGUUACAGCCGGUGAUUACGCAACAUUCGACCCGGUCCGUGCUCGCAGACAAACCACUUGCAUCACCAACACAGAAGAUAGUUGGUUCACUCUGGAUUCCCGGAAGAGCAGAAUACGUUCACGGGAAUCAGACUCAGAAGGGAGCGACUCAAAUCGAAAUUCUCUUGGAACUGAUCAAAACAGAUGGAGCAGAAUAAGCAGCAAUUCACAAAACAGUGACAAGACUUUACUAUCCCCCCACAAAGGACCAUGGAAGGCAUUCCGUAAGUUUGUUAACAACGGAACUUCACCAAGAACUCAGUCUCACGAAGAAAAGAAAGCAACCAUCAGACUCGUAAACGGAAACCUAAACAACAAUAAUAACAAUACCGAACUUGAUACUUUGAACAAACCGAACUCAAGACUUUCUUGUAUCGAAGUUGGGAAAGUACCCACCAGAGCUGAGGCAGGAGAACAAAUUACGAAACAAUCGAGUUACAGUUGUGUAACGUCCGGAGAGAUGGACGCCAAUGCCGAAUAUUCAUACUCGCCCACAUUGUCAACUCCGGAACACAGAAGCAACUCUCUAAUGAGAAGGUUAUCACGAAAAUCAACAUCCAGAGGAAGGAAGGCGAGAAGAUCAAGUCUUCCGACCCAGAGCGCAUGGGAUGUAAGGAGUGGUAACUGGAGGGAAAGUUCCAAGUCUGAUCCAACGACGUCAUCUUUGGAUUUGAGUGACUCUCAGAGCGAACGUUCAGAAGUCGAAACCAAAGUUAUGGCUUCGUUGGAACGAACAGCUCGAAGCAGCAGCGUGAAGGCUAAGCCUGUAUCGUCAAAACCGAGCCUUAAGAAACGCUUAAUGUCUUUCACAAAGAAAAGAUCGCCUUCUCAAAGUCGCAAUUCCGUUGACGGUAAAACGAAGUCUGAAUCCUCAGACGGUCGACAAAUGAACAAAGCUUUGAGUUAUUCGUCUCCCCAGCUAUCUGUUUUCGCUGUAAACGGGAAGGACCGUAACAAGCUUCAGUUUUAAUCAGAUUUCCAAGUGUCGUUUUUUUAAUAUUUCGUGCAGUUAUUUAUUCACAUUACAUAUUUGUCUGCAUCUCUUUUCUAUGUGAAUAAGACAUUGAGGUUAUUGAAGGUAUAUGUUGUAAGCUGCAUAAAAAAGAACGUAUUCUGUCUCAAUAUCUCAUGCUUCGUGGUACAAGAAGCUCCUUGUUAACUUCUAAUCUUUCUAUACCUUUCCUCUAACUUGCCUCGGCAAGUUUUUUAUGUUCCGUGGGCUACGCAUCAUUUUACUGCGUAUUAAAUAAAAGUAAAACACCACAUGUCA